AUGUUGUACUGGAUGUUUGAUGUUGCAAUUGCCAGUCCCACUGCGAAAAAAAAAAAAAAAAAAAAAACCAACCAACCAACCAACCAACAACCUGAUCAAGCAAGGAUGGGCUCAGAGUACAGUCAACAGGACUACCACUCAUUCCUAACCAAGGCUGACCUCAAGGACUCACUCAACACACUCAACAACCUACUCACCACCACCAAGACCUACAGAGUAGCACUCAUCAGCCUCGCAAACGCAACCGCCGCCUUCGCAAAAUCACUAGAAGACUGUGCCAGACUCAAAGGAACUCAGGCCAUCUUCCAAGAACAACAGCAGCAAGAACAGCUCCAAUCCACUUCAGACUCGGUCAACAGCUCCCCAUUCACCCCGCAUUCAAGCCAGCAUGAUAUUCCAUCCCAAAACUCAAACCCUGCUGAGAAACUACUGGCUGCCAGUGGACUCCAUUUCCUGACUGCCAAUCUCGAACAAGUCCUAUCGGAUACCUUCAAAAACUCAUUCGAACUGCCACUCUUGAACCUCUACGAAUCUUAUCGACAACAACUAGCCCAGCAUCAGAACCGAUAUGAGUCAUUACUAUCCAUCAAAACUAAGGCGAUCAGAGAGACCGAACUCAGGAACAUGAACCAGGGCGGGAGUAGACACUCACGCAAUACACCUCGUGAUCUCGAUAGCUUUCGUAGAGGCCUCAAAGAACUUCAGGAUCAAGUCGAACAGGUCGAGUCGCUCAAACAAUCUUACUAUCUUCAAGUCGCCAACGGUGAACGACAAGUCUGGAACAAGGUCGCUGAAAAUAUUAGCCUAGUGGUCAAAUCAGAAGUCGAAGUAUACGAUCGGAUCGCAUCCAAGCCGAUCUCAGAUCCGACCUUAGAAGCCAUGGUCACAUCGAUUCCGGACCCAUUUGAUGCAUUCAAGCCCGUGGGCACGAUGAGUCGAAGCGCGAGCGGGACCGGGCCAGAGAUCUACUCGAUCCUCGAUCCACUGAGCAGUCUGUUGCUCGGCUCACCCCAAAAGACCCGGCGCUCCCCUCGUUUCGACGAGGUCGAUAGUCUGCUUGGCGAACCUCCUCCGACUGGUCUCGACUUAUCCGACUCCGACAUUUGA